AUGGCAGCAAAUUUGGCACUCGCAUUGGACGAAAUUAUUAGUCAAAGCAAACCAACAAAGCGAAGCGGAGUUCGAGCUGGUGGACGUAUUACACGUGCUGGAGCUGUUCAAGCAGCUGUUGGUGAAGGACCGCGUACUAGUGCAAGGACUCGUUUCCCACAGAGAGGAUUUGUUUCUGGAGAAGUCCCAGCUGGCCGUUGGAAGCAUGACAAAUAUUUUGAGACUUAUGGAGCCAAAAAAGGAGCAGCUAAAGCUCUAGGACUUUUGAGUGGAAAGAAGCGUCAACAAAUUCCUCGUCUCGCUUCUGUUCGCAGCAACAAACCUGGGGGUGGAAUUGGUGCUCGUUUAGCUCGUAAAGCUGUUGGAAGCGGUCAGAGUGGAAUGGUUAAAAUGCAGAUUUUGAGUUUGCCUGAGAGUGUUAUUACUUCGGAUUUGGAGGUUUUCUUUAUUUUUUGGUACUUGUGGUUUAUCCUAGACCAGAUUUAUGCGGACUAUAUGCAUAGGAUGUUCUGA